GCGAGUUCUUGCACAAUGCGAGUGGUAUAUAAAUGCAAGAAUAUUCAUUUAACGUCGAAAGUAUCUUCAGCUGUUGCAAAGGAACAAGUAGUGGAGAGAAAUACGCCAUACAAUAGGAACUCUUUGAAGAAUUUAAUAAAGAAACUAAUUAGUACUAAGGAAGUUAAUAUUAAUAAAAAUAUAUACAAGAUGAAGGCAGUAAUGUUUAUUUUCGUAAUGCUUGCCACAAUAUGUGCAAUCCUUGCAUUUGUACCAUAUAAUCCGCCGCGACCGGGGCAAUCCAAACCGUUUCCAAGCUUCCCAGGUCAUGGACCAUUCAAUCCAAAAAUUCAAUGGCCAUAUCCAUUACCAAACCCUGGUCAUUAAUCACAAAAAUCAAGAAACGUUCGAACAAUUAAACUUGACAAAUCAUCAGAGAUUAUAUCUAUAAUGCACCGACGAAUUAUUAUAACUAUAAAUUGAAUUAAGUUAUACACUGAUUAAAAUGAUUCUGAUUUAUUUUCAAUAAAUAGAAACUAUCCUGAAA